GUGUUAUUUCGUCAUAUUUGAAACCAUCGAAUGUUGCUUUGGGUUCAACUUAGAUUUAUCUAUGAAGUGGGAGAGGCUAAUGAUGUAUUCUUGUAACUUUUCACGUACAAUUCCUCUUUCCAUUAUGAGUUUUACAAUAUCGUUUUGCUGCAUCAAGCCAGGUGCUGUGGAAGUAUAAGAUUGGCAGGGCAUGAAGUGCUGCUCUAACUAAAGAAAAUUAACUGUAACAACUAAGUGAAAUUAUGUUGAAAAUAUUUAUUACUAUUUUUUUUUACCUUCUUCACUUGUAGAAUUUCCUCCCAAUUCUGGAAUGUUUUUAUUAAGGAAGCUUCUAACUUAAUGGGUUCUAUAUUUUUCAAUCUGCCUUGAUUUUUGGAAUAUGAAGAAUCCCGAAUGGAUGAGAAGACUCUAGAAUUGAAGAGCAAAGAUGAUAUAAUAGCGCAGAAGGAGAAAAUCAUUCAAGAAAAAUCAGAUAGUAUUGUGUCCUUGGGAAGCAAAAUAUCUUCCCUUCAGAAAAAGGGGAAACUAGACACUGCAGAGCAGGUGGGAAAGGCUCAUGCACGGGCUGGCCAACUGGAGCAUCAGGUUGACAAACUUAAAAAGGAAUUGGAAACACAACAGAGGCAGAAAGAUGCUUUGGAAGCAAAAGCCAAUAAAGCUGAAAAGAAGAUGGGUGAAUUAAACUUGAAACUAGAGAAUCUUCAAAAGGUUAUUGAUGAACAGAAGAGCAAACUCCGCAAGACAGAGCGUGCUCUUAAAGUUGCUGAGGAAGAAAUGAUGAAGGCAAAGUUUGAAGCUUCCUCAAAAACUCAAGAAUUAAGUGAGGUUCAUGGUGCAUGGCUUCCACCUUGGCUUGCUGUACAAGUAGUCCGUUGUCAGUCUUUGGUCCAGACACAUUGGGAUGAACAUGGAAAGCCUGCCAUGGAGUUGGUGGUUCAAAAGGCCCUGGAGAAAAAAGCUGAUGCCGAAAAGUGGGCCAAACCCCACAUGGAAACAAUUAAAACUAAAUGGAUCCCAGCUGUGAAGGAGCAAUGGUUGCUGAUAACAGCUCAUGUUGAACCACAUGUGCAAUCACUUACUGCAAAAAUCAUUGAAGCUUAUGAAGCCUCAAAGACUACAAUAACCCCACACAUCAUUAGAGUGCAAGAAUUUGUUGAUCCAUACUUUCAGGAAGCUAAGAAGUUCAGUAAGCCUUAUAUUGAUCAAGUGGCCACUAUGACAAAACCCCAUGUUGACAAGGUUAGGGUGGUUUUGAAGCCCUACACGAAGCAGGCAGUUCACGCUUACAGAAAAUUUUUGGAGUCUGCAACUACAUACCAUCAUCAGGUGCAAGGCACUGUACAAGAAACACUGAAUAAGCAUGAGCUGACUAAACCUCUUGCAACUAAGGAGUUGAUCUGGUUUACGGCCUCUGCCUUGUUGGCCUUACCCAUCAUCAUUUUGUCCAGAAUUUGUUCAGCUAUUUUCUGCAAAAAGGCAAAGAGACCUAAUCGAAACGCUAACACAAGCCACUCUCGUCGUAAGGCUAAACGGGGGCAUCCAGACAAGUAGAGUGCCAUGAAGUUGUGUCCUGGUUCUUUUCUUUUGGGAAAUAGUUGUGAUGGGAGUUUUGCCCCUUGCAUUUGCUCUUAGAUCUACAAAGUUCAGUCCUGGUCAGGAAUUCUGAUGCUUUUGGAGCUCCUGCAUAUUUUCUUUUCAUAGUCAUUGUGAAAAAUGUUCAGAACCAUUUUCACACCACAGAUUGAAACAUCCUGAUAAUUUUUAAGAUGUAAUACGGGUGUAAUUCUGUUAAUGUUGGUAGAGAAGAGUUGUAAUUUUUGUCUUUUUAUUUGGGUUUAUUCUUAAUUUACAGUUGAAAAAACUAUAAUGUACCCAUUGAUUAUAACGAGUGUGGAGGUAUUUCGAACCAUCACCCAUGGUUUAGUGUUGUGGAAGAGGGGAAAUAUGUUGAAGCAAAAGCAUGGAUUGAUAUCA